AUGAAAUGUGUCAUUUGUUUAAAUAUAGAAAAAACAUGUAGUGGCUAUGGUUAUGUUUGGUGUUGUGAAUACUAUGAACCGUGUGGGAAUUACUUCAUACAAUGCACUUCUUAUCAAACAACAACAUAUGUUCCAACACCUGCACUUUAUAUCCCAUCAGCUCUUGUCAUCGCUCUGGUUAUCAUGUCCAUAUUUGUCUUUGGUAUAUGCUUGAGUUGUUGUGUCGGUUUAAAGAGACAGCAGCAACAACGUACACCACAUAUCAGAGUUCCCCCUAGUCACAGAAUAAUACAUCCGUAUGAACAACAGUCUUCGCCAGCUGUUCAUAUUCGAUCAGUUUACGCUACACAUAAUGCACCAUUAUCUUCAAGAAUGCCUGUUAUGCAUGAAGAGCAACCACCAUCUUACGAAGCUGCAGUUGCUAAUCUUUCAUCCAAAUAUCAUACCGAACCAUCACCACUACCGUCAUUACCUGUAAGAGAACCUGUUGCACCUGAAAAUGCACGUCUUUAA